AUGGCCAGAUUCCACAAAGAUUGCAUUGAGAAACCCCUGCGCAGUUGUUUUGAGAUGCUGGGUCAUUUCAUCGGAUCUCAUCCUUGGUGGUUCGUGAUCGUCCCUCUUUUUCUCUCCACCAGUCUGGGGAGUGGAUUUUAUUUCCUCAAGGACAGACUGUCAAACAACAUCGAAGAGCAAUUCACGCCUGUCCAUGGACCUGCCAAGGUGGAGAGAAGAUACAUCCAAGAAACUUUUCCAGGAAAUGAUUCCAUGUUUUCACGUCUGAGACUGAGCACAGAUGGGAAUUAUGCAACUUUGAUAGCAACAAGUGACAGUAGUAUUUGGACUGUGGAGUCUCUUCAGCACAUCUUAGACUUGGACUUUAAAGUUAGGAGUAUGGAGGUGCAGAUUCACAACCAGUCAUUUGAAUAUGUGGAUGUUUGUGCUCAGGUGAUGGGAUCUUGCUACUCUAAUGACAUUUUAGAUGCUAUUGCGUACAAUGCAAGCAAUAUAAAAGCAAUGAAUUUGACAUUUCCAUGGCAUUACACUGAUUUAAAGAGUUAUCCUUUAUAUUUAAGUAUAGGGAGUGUGGCAUUGUACAAGGAAACCUCAGCAAUUAAAAAUGCUAAAGCCAUACAGCUUCACUAUUACUUGCAGGAAGACCACAAAGCAAAAACCAACAUUUGGUUGGAAAGCUUCAUCAAUUUGGUGUCAAACUCUUCAUCAAGUUCUGUUCAAGUGUCAUACUCCACCUCCAUGUCCAUGCAGUGGGAAUUUCAAAAAACUCCAGCAUCUGUCAUCUAUUUGUUCUCCAUUACCUACGCCAUCGCCAUCACAUUUUCGGUUAUUUCAUGUUGGAGGUUGGAUAACGUGAGGACGAAGGUGUGGGUGGCCUCCUGUGGGGUCUUCUCCACUGGUCUGGCGGUCCUGAGUGGUUUUGGGUUUCUCUUGUUGCUGAAUCAACCUUUUGUGAUGACGGCUGCUUCCUGUCCUUUCAUGAUAUUAGGUAUUGGACUAGAUGACAUGUUCAUCAUGAUCUCUUGCUGGCAGAGGACUCGUGUUCUGGACAGUGUCCCCGACCGACUUGCUGAGACCUACAAGGAAGCCGCCAUCUCCAUCUCUAUCACCACCCUGACCGAUGCGCUGGCUCUCUUCCUGGGCUGCUGCUCGCCUUUUGGUUCAGUUCAGUCCUUCUGCUUGUACGCUGGGGUUUCUAUCUGUUUCUGCUAUCUGUACAGCAUCACUUUUCUAGGAGCAUGCAUGGCUUUGAACGGACAGAGGGAAGCAGGAAACAAGCACUGGUUCACAUGUGCAAAAAUCCCUGAGGACUUACCGCCAAGGAGCUCCAAAGCCUUUGGUAUUUGCUGUGUUGGGGGGAGCUAUGAUAGGAUCACAGAAAAAGAGGAACCCGAGUCUGUGACUCACUUUUUUGAGCGGUUCUACGGCCCAUUUCUCACCCACAAAUGCAUGAAAGCUGGUGUGUUUGUAAUUUACGCAGUCUAUCUGGCUGUUAGCAUACAUGGCUGCCUUACCUUAGAGGAGGGACUUGAUGUAAAGCAUUUAGCUUUGGACAAUUCCUAUGUCAUCAACUACUACAAGAAUCAAAGGCAGCACUUCUCUGAAUAUAGCUGUAAUGUCAUGGUAGCAGUAAAGCAGCCCUUCCCAUACUGGGACAAGGAUGAAUUGAGGCAUCUCUCUUCAUGCAUUGCAAACUUUGACAGUUUGGACUUCGUCAAUAGCACUUUGGCUUGGUUUCUAUACUUUCAAGGAUAUGCCAAUGCAACCAGUCUCAAUAUAAAUUCUCAAGAAGCCUUCCAAACUCAUUUGCACCAUUUUUUAGAGCUCCAUGCCAUGUUUCAGCAAGACAUCAACUUGACAGAGGACCAUGACAUUCUGGCAUCUCGCUUUUUCAUUCAGACACUCAACAAAACCCCAAUGAAGGACUUGAUGACGGGACUCAGGAAAACCGCAGAUGACUGUCCAGUAGAUCUUUUGGUGUACCAUCCUGCCUUCAUCUACUAUGACCAAUACACCAUCAUUAAGGACAGCACAAUCCAAACCAUCCUGGUGGCUGUGAUGGUGAUGGUGGUCAUCUCCCUCAUCCUUAUACCCAACCCUCUUUGUUCAGUAUGGGUGGCUUUUGGUAUUUGUUCUGUUAUUGUUGGAGUCACAGGGUUCAUGGCGCUAUGGGGUGUAAACUUAGACUCCAUUUCCAUGAUCAACCUCGUUAUGUGCAUAGGAUUUUCCGUAGAUUUCUCAGCACAUAUUUGUUACGCUUUUGUCUCUAGCCCAAAAAGUGAUGUCAACGAGAAAACUAGGGAUGCCUUGGCACGACUGGGCCACCCAAUACUGCAAGGGGCUCUGUCCACCAUCUUAGGAGUGCUGGUGCUCUUCGUGUCUGGGAGUUACAUCUUCAGGACGUUCUUUAAGAUCAUGUUUCUGGUGAUCUCGUUUGGUCUUCUGCAUGGUUUAGUGUUUAUUCCAGUGUUUCUGACUUUGGGUGGGGCUUUUUGGAGGUGGUCAUAA